CUUGCACAAUUUUCCGAAUUGUUACCUCACAAACAACUCAUUAUUUUCAUUUGUGUAACCACUAAUUUCAGUUUGCUAAUGUUCACAUAAGUAUCUAAAAUUCAAAGAUGGGUGUACCUAAGUUCUACCGCUGGAUCAGCGAGCGGUAUCCGUGUUUGAGCGAGGUUGUCAAAGAGCAUCAGAUUCCUGAUUUUGACAAUCUCUACUUGGACAUGAAUGGCGUAGUCCAUAUGUGUUCGCAUCCAGAAGAUGACAAUCCACAUUUUAGGAUCACAGAGCAGAAGAUAUUUGAAGAUAUUUUCCAUUAUCUUGAGGUGCUGUUCCGCAUGAUCAAACCUAAGAAAGUGUUCUUCAUGGCUAUAGAUGGUGUAGCGCCAAGGGCAAAGAUGAACCAGCAGAGAGGGCGGCGAUUCAGAUCUGCUCGGGAAGCAGAAGAGCUGAUCAAACGAGCAGAACAGAAGGGUGAGGUGUUACCGUCAGAGGAGAGAUUCGAUUCCAACUGUAUUACUCCAGGAACUCCAUUCAUGGUCAACCUUCAGGAACAACUCAAGUAUUUUAUUGUGAACAAGUUGUCAACAGAUCCAAUGUGGCAGGGCACAAGAAUUUUGUUGUCAGGUCAUGAGACUCCUGGUGAAGGAGAACACAAGAUCAUGGACUUCAUCCGAUCAGAAAAAAGUAAACCAGACUAUGAUCCAAACACAAGGCACUGUUUGUAUGGCUUAGAUGCUGAUCUCAUCAUGCUGGGACUCACAUCACAUGAGCCACAUUUCUCACUGCUUAGAGAAGAAGUGAGAUUUGGUGGCAAGAAAUCACAAAAAAGAAUGACAACAGUCGAGGAAACAACGUUCCACCUCUUGCAUUUAUCAUUAAUGAGAGAGUACCUAGCAUUUGAGUUCUCACCGGUAAAGAAUAAACUUCCAUUUGCCUUCGACAUGGAGAAGAUCAUUGAUGAUUGGGUGCUAUUGGGUUUCCUGGUCGGCAAUGAUUUCAUUCCUCAUCUGCCGCACAUGCACAUAAAGAAUGACGCACUGCCGCUGCUGUGGAAGACAUACAUGGAUAUACUGCCAACUCUAGAUGGGUAUAUCAAUGAUGGUGGGAAGUUAAAUUUACCAAGAUUUGAAAAGUUUCUUGGGGAACUCGCAAAGUUUGAUUUGGAGAAAUUUAACGAUGAAUAUGCUGAUCUCAAGUAUUUCCAAGCGAAAACGGGGAGGAAGACAUUCAGCAACACCAAGCCAGGUCCAGCCCAGAAAGGCAAAGCUAAGGGAGCCAAUGGUUUAUCACUGACCAAUGACUUUGGAGUGUUGGAAAAACUUGGGGGAGAAUUUGAUAUGCCACCAGGUGUGAACGGCAAUGAUGAAGAGGAUGAGUACAGUGAUGGUGGCAUUGAAUCGUCCGACUCAGAUUCUGAGGAUAUGUUCGAUAUGGAGUUCCGUCAGCAUAAGCGUAACUACUACAUGGAUAAAAUGAGGUUUGAACAUGUUACUCCUGAUGUGCUGGAGGACCAGGCCCAUGGUUAUGUUAGAGCUAUUCAAUGGAUAUUACUCUACUACUAUGAUGGUGUCCCUUCUUGGAGCUGGUUCUACCCUUAUCAUUAUGCACCCUACAUCAGUGACGUCAAGAACUUCAAGGACAUGGACAUCACAUUUGACAUAGCGACUCCCUUCCUGCCAUUUCAGCAGCUAAUGGCUGUACUACCAGCGGCCAGUAAAAAACUUCUGCCAAAGGCCUAUGUAGGCUUGAUGCUGAAUGACAAUUCACCUGUGAUAGAUUUCUACCCACAAAAGUUUGAGACAGACUUGAACGGCAAACAGCAGGACUGGGAGGCAGUUGUUCUGAUACCAUUUAUUGAUGAGGGCCGACUUCUUGCAGCCAUGAGGUCUGUUGAACAGCAACUCACUGAUGACGAGAGAAAACGAAACCGCCAUGGUCCGUGUCGUAUGUACGAAUACACACCUGAGCCGCAACAACGGUAUCCCUCCUCAAUGCCUGGCUCAUUUCCAGACAUCAUCGUCAAUCACGCGAAAAUCACAGAAUUUGACCAUAAAGAUUUUGUGGUACCAAGGCACAAGUUACAGAAGGGGCUCUGUCCGGGUGUGAAACUGGAUGUUUACUUUCCCGGAUUUCCAACGAUGAAGCAUUUACCGCAUUCGGCCCAACUGAAGAAGACUGGUGUGAAAGUCUUCCAGAUGAAUAGCCGUGGUGAGAACAUGAUGGUCACCAUACAACAUGAGCAGGGAGAACUGGAUGUAGGAAAGAUAGCCAAGGAGCUCAUCGGACAGACAAUAUUUGUUGAGUGGCCUCAUCUGUAUGAAGCCAAAGUUGAGAGCAUCUCCACUGAUUCAGUCAAAUACAUCAGUGUUGAAACAUGUGAGCCCAAGUCAAAGUCAAAAGGCGGGAAAAAGAGGAGUAGUAUUGAGAUGGGAGAUCUUCAGGAAGAUGAACACAUGCAGUGGCAUACACAGGUCAAGGCCAUCAAGGAGAAGUACUUCAACCGUUUAGGUGUGGUCAUUGGUGAAACAAAGAUCCUGGUCAAUGCCUGGCCGAUUAUGGGCAGGAAGUACAUCUGUGGCGCACAUGGCAAGAUUACACUGGAGAAACAGUGGGCAAAUACAGCACUACCAUAUGUUUAUCAAGCCACAGUCAAGGAUAUUGCAUCACAUGAUCCAACGUUCCACGUUUUCGAGUCAAUUCACGACCUGUUCCCAACCCAUGGAGAUGUGUUCAUGCUCGGUCAACCUCACUAUGGCUGCAUGGGAGAGGUGCUCGAGAUAGACCCAGCUCAGAGUGGACGCAUCAGAGUUGAACUUUCUGUGUUGCAUGAACCGAACAUGAACCAUAUUAGCACUAAAUAUAGGCAACACAUGCUCCAGUGGAUGCCUGGGUAUAGCGUCGCCCAAAAAAUCGGAAUCAGUGGCCACCUGGUGUCGAGAAUAACGGGUUGCAUCUUUAUCGUGAAGGGCUCCAAGGAUAACGAAGGUCGCGAGGAAAAGGUCAACGUAGGCUUGAACCUGAAGUCAAAAAAGAAAAUGGAAGAGGUGCCAAGUUACACAAAAUUGGUUGGUGAUGGCUGGCUGUAUUCAAACAAGACGGUAGAUGUACUGGCAGAAUACAUUGAAAAGUUCCCUGGCUUAUUCGACCUCAUUGGAUCUGGCUCAAACUCAAAUGACAUGUAUUAUGAAUCAGACAUAUUUGGAGAUAGCGACUCCUCUCUCCGAGAAGUCGAUGAAUACCUGAAGAAAGUGCCAUGUGCUGAUGUUCCACGAAUGCACCAUGGUUGUGAACUCCUGGAAGAACCUGCUGUGGCAAUGAUUGAAGAAGAAGUUGAGAAGAUCAAGGAGGCUGACGCCAAGAAGAGGAAACACGUGCGAGUGCAAGUCAGGCCUCAUCUAUUAUUCAGACCACUUAAGAACCAAGGCACAUUGGUCCCUGAAAAGACAGCAGAGUAUGCCUUGUUUGAUCGUGUGGUGAAUGUUCGGCUAGGGUACUCAGUGCCAUUGGGUGUGAGGGGAACUGUGAUAGGGAUCAUUGCAGGUGAACGGGAACAAGAUGUGAUCUAUGAGGUGAUAUUUGACGAGAGCUUCCGAGGUGGGAUCAAUAUUCGAGCGAAGGGUCACAAGUGUUACCGCCUACCCCCAUGUGCGCUCAUCAACCUGACGCAUGGCCAACGGAAAGAAUCCGGCACAAAGUUACCUCCGCCAUUGUCAGCCAAGUCGUCCAAUGAUCAACGGCAGCAGCAACCAAAACAGCAGUAUGGAAGUCCACGUAGGGCCUGGGGACAGGAUCGAGAAUACAAUGGUGCUGAUAGAGGAGCAGGACCUUCUCGUGAUUAUUAUAACAAUAGUAGCAGAGGUUACCAGGGCAGAGGGCAAAAUGAUUGGGAGGGUAGAGAUCAGGGUAACUGGAGUGGGGGUUACCAGGGAAGGGGUCAGAAUGGCCGAGAUGAAUCAUGGAAUAGGAAGGGUGCUGGUGGACACCAAGGGAGCUGGUCUCAAAAUCAGGAACGGGAGGGACUGGACCAGGGGGCAUGGAAUAAGAAAGCUGGUUUUGGACAUUCAGGGAGUGGGUCUCGGGACAAUUAUACUAAUAGUGCAAAUCGAGGCGGUCCACGUCAAAAUGCAUGGCAGGAAAAGCAGCAGAGACCACAGCAAGAGGAGCGUGACCCGCAGGAAGAAAGGAAUAUUUGGGAACAACUGCAGGCAAAUACUUCAAAAUCUCAAGGUCAGAGCCAGGGUAAAGGUCCGAAAAGACAAGGCAAAGGUGAAGUUGAGCUACAGACCGAACAGGAAUUCAAAGGAGCAUCUUUGCAAACAGCAGCUAAAGCUUUACCAACAAAUAUCCAACCAGACAUGAACAUGAAUAAGAAUACAAAUCUUGAUGGAAAGAAUUAUGAAAAGAAGGGAGUCUCACCGAGUGAUGGGAAGAAAAUUGUAGAUGAGUUUUCAGCAAUGCUACAGUCGCUGGAGAUAUCCGACAAACAGCAGCGGGGGGGUGAGUUCAAGGUGACUGCAAUUCGGACACGUCAGGAGAGUGCUGGUAGUUCUGGGCUGGAGGUACCUGGGUCGAGGGCCCGGCUCGAUAGCGCAAGGAGUGGUGACUUCUCAGCAGAUGAACAGUCAAAGGAUGCCAAAGAAGCUACGACGGCCCUGUGUCAGAUGUUGAAGAUAGAUGCUGCAGCAAACCUCGACAAACCCUCCGAGACGAAGAAUUACGGGCGGAAAGUGUCUGUGGAUGAAUUCUUCUGUGAAGCAAAGCGUAAAACCUCUGCGAAUAAUGCGCCAGCAAUAUCAGAGUUGGUGACAACUUCGUCAUUAUCUGCACCACAGCCAGCACCCAGUGUGGUUUCUGCACCAUUGUUGCCGGCGCCAACGGCAGUGCCCGCUGGAGUUCAUCCUGGUGAGUUGGUUAACCCUGGAGCAGCGUUGCAAGGUCAACCAGUACAACAGGCAGGCAUGGCACAACCACUUGGAAGGCAGAACAAACAACAGAAGGUGUCCUCUGUGACUGAGGUGGAGGAAUGGUGCAAGUCUAAGCGGAUGCCUCCUCCGAAGUUCGACUACUUCCCACUGCUGCAGGGAACGAUGACACACUACGCGGCGUUAAUCACGUUUAGCAAUGGCAUGAAGUUCCAGGGAUCGUAUGCCAAGUCCCGGGAGCGGGCUGCUGAGAGUGUCUCUUCACAGGCCAUGCUUCAUCUUCGUGGAAUGCAUCAAGCUCCUGUCCCUUAUAACAUGGGAGCCCCCAUGUAUGGACAGGCCUGUGGCCCAGUGCCUGGAGGAAUAGGAUCAGCUAACUCAGCAUUCCGUCCAGUUCACCCAGGGCAGCCACAAAAAGUCUGCUUCACCAGUUGGAUAAAUGGAGGUCCACAGUAUGGAAUGCCCCCAUUCUUCCAAGGCAAUCCAGCCACUGGUGCUUAUGGCAUGCCACCAUUCUUCCAGGGAGGAUAUCCCCCACAUAUGGUGCCAGCCUUUAUGGCAAACCAGGCAGGUUUCCAACCAGGACAGCGUCCUGCUGGCCCAGUGCGGCAAGCUGGAACCAUGAUGCAGCCUCGACCACAGGGAGAUCUCUCGUACCAGCAACGACACCAAGAAGCUAGUUUGCAUCCACCAGCAAAUAUAGAUUUGGCAAAGUCGCCUGACAAAGCUAAUCCCUUUGUACCUUUACAGGUCACGAGAAAGCAGACACCACAAAAAUCAAAGAGAGCAAAUAAUACAGAGGAAACUACAAAACCCAAGUCUAGUCCUCAACGGUCAGGUGGAAAUCACAUGAAAGAAAAUAAAAGUAACAAUGCUGGCCAACCAGAGACUGUGAAACAAACAAGCAGAGAAAAUGCAAGCCAGUCAGGAACAGCGAGACAAGAUGCUCAUCAUAAAUCCAGCCAAUCACAUGAAGCCCACCCGAAAAAGAAAAAAGCAAAAUCAAGAUUAGCAGCCAAUUUUGGAAAAAUGGGACAAUGAUUCUUUUAAUGCCAAUAUGGGCUUCUGAUUUUAAAAAGUGUAUUGCAAUGAAUUGGAAUGUUUACUGAAUGAAUUUGCCUGGAAGGGUAUACCGGAACUGUAAACUUGGCAAUAUGUCAUUGCGAAAAGAACAUCGAUUUGAGAUUACUGUUACAGGGUUGUCAAAAUGCUAAAUUAAAGGUAAACCAAAGUGGCCAUUUCACCAACCUCAAAAUGUAUUGGCUGCAUAUAUUUCCCAGUUUACAGUAGCCUACUUCAAGGUCAAAAUAUUAUAGUGAGUGAAAUUCUGUUGUUGCAGAUUUUUUGCCAGAAUAUGGACUGAUUUUAAAAGACAACUCAUCCUUUUAGACAGCCAAGAUGUAACAGCUACGUCUCCCUUUGCCAUGUUCUGGUCACGUUGACCUAAAUUUGAAUUCGUUAUUUUUUACUUCAUUGAUCAAACAUUAUCUAUAGAGCUCCUGGGCUUUUGCAAGACUGACCCCAUACAAGGGUUGGCAAUUGCAGCAACAGGCACACAUUUUGCCUUGUUGUGACCAAGUCGACACCAAGGGACAUCACCACUGCCAACUUUAAUACAAAAACGCAACUAAUACUACAUGUAUGUAAGCAGAUCUGGCUGAACCCUAAAACACCAGCAGAUACACAAUCACUGGACUAGGCCAAUGCAGCAUAAAUUACACUUGUAUUGGUGCUAGGUAAACCUGGUUACACAUGACACCAUCUGACAUAUCUGAUACCGAUUGUUAAUCACAACACAGUGACAGAGUAUCAAGUAGGAAAUCUGGAUGCCUUUAUGUUUAACUUGGGUUUUCAAGCACAACCAAACCUGGUAAGGUGAAGAAUUCCCAUCCUCAGGCUGGACUAGUAAGAACUUAUUUAAGGAAUUUUAAAUAUAGAGCUGGCUGGUUGUCUAAUCAAUGCUCUUUUUUACAAUUGUUGUUAAGUUUCCUGUAUGCCACACUUGGCAUGGGUUUUGGUCAGGAUACACAUGGACUUAUAUUACUUUUUUCUGGCAAAUGCAACAGACAUUAUAAUCAUCCGCUCCGGCAGCAUAACAUUGUAUUCCCAAGGAGGAUACCGCGGUGACGUCACAUCACGUGAUCCCGACCCAUAUUAGUGAUCGCUAUGGCCAAUCAGAUUCAGUCUACUGACAGCACCAGCACUGAACACAUCUCCACGUCUCCCUGUCUGGUGCGCUCCUGUACACAAAAACACCAAUAGACAUGAAAUAUUGCAAUACCUAGUAUGGAUUCUUCCUGUGUAAAAUAAAAUUUACAGAGCAGAUUAACUUCCACGAAUAAAAAAGACGUUUGGCGUGGCCAAAGUGCGGAAAUAAUGUCUCCGCUAAAAUACACUACGAAAUACACUAGGCAAUGCACUACGCAAUAUACAGUAGAGAUGCAGUUGAGUUUGUUAUUGUUUUGACUUAAAAGCCCGCCCAUAUCAUAAUAAAUUCAUGUAUUCAUGAAGUAUGAACUCAUUUUUGUCCCAUACAACUCUAAGAACAGUCAAUUUCUCCUUAAAUCAUCACCGAAACCGCGAUAUCCGCAGGAAGAUUUUGUUCUAGUGUCCGAAAAUGCAUGAUCUUACAGGGGCGCUAACUCGACAAAUAGAGGGGAUCUAUGGGGAUCUAUGCGAGUUUUAGGUAAUACAGGUCUCGAACUUGUAAAAUCUGUAAACAUGCCUCCAAAUCCCAUUAUGAUAAUGAAGAGAUUGCCCCAUAUCUGGGAGACUGUUUUGAAACCAUCGCUAAUUUUGGAAGAUCGGUGCCGGCUAUUUGGUUUAAAAAACCCUAUUUUCCCCCAUCAAAACAGCACUUUUCAUUAUUCAAAUGAUAGCUUAUUGUCUGAAGACUUAUUUCAUAGCAGAAAAGUACUAAUAACUCUGAUUUGAUGCGAAAAAUCUAACUUUUUUGAUGACUUGAUUUUCCCUUGGCCGUGGAUCGAGUUUGUUUACAAUAUGCAGCGCCAUCUUGGAAAAGCCGUGACGUCACCGCGGUAUCCUCCUUGGUAUUCCUUUGAAUGUUUAUCAAGCAGCAUUUGUUUGUAAUUAUAGCUUGGUGUAUUGUUUAAGUAUGAAUGCAUACGAUUUUAUUCUAAAGAGAUCCAAAAUGAGAGAUUCUGUAAAAUCACUUAUUUUUACUGGAAAAAAUUUUACCGGAAAAGAUAUUUUCCUGAUUCAAGCAAGGAUGUUGUGGUGAAUGCGACAUCGGGCAACUGGAUGAUUUCUUGACGUGUAUGAGAGUGCUAAAGCUGUCAAUUGCAGCCUAUGAAAGCCCUGCUGAAAUGAUGGGGGACUGACCCAUAUAUGAGAGCAUUUACUUGCAAUAUCUACUGAUGGCCCUCAUCUGUGAAAAAAAUAAAGGUAUUCUAUGGACCACUGCAUUUAGGCAAAAAUGUGCUCCGUUUCCACUGACCGCAUAAAUGUGAGAAGAGGGUACAUUAAAGUGUUGAUGCUAUCUAAUCCAA